UGCACGUCUUCCUGGUCAGCUGCGCGCUCCCGGACGGCGCCCCGCGCAGGUUCCUGGUGCGCGCCAUGUGCUCCGUGCUGGGCCUCUUCGUCUGGCAGAGCCGCCCGCGCAGCGCCCGCGCGCCCCGCGUCCUGGUGGCCAACCACGUCACGCCCUUCGACCACAACGUCCUGGGCCUGCUGGCCUCCUGCAGCGCGCCGGUGCUGAACGGCGCCGCCGGCUUCGUCUGCUGGUCCCGCGGGUUCCUGGAGGUGGCCGGCGCCGAGAGCCGCGCGGAGCUGCUGGAGUCGCUGAAGGGCUACUGCUCGCAGGGCGGCAACCCGCCGCUGCUGCUCUUCCCCGAGGAGGCGACCACCAACGGCCGGGUGGGCCUGCUGCGCUUCAGCUCCUGGCCCUUCUCCAUCGUGGACGCCGUGCAGCCGUUGGCUCUGCGCGUCUGGAGGCCCUUCGUGGCUGUGAGCGUGGCUGGGGCUUCCUGGGUGACUGAGCUGCUCUGGACUUUCUUCGUUCCUGUCACCGUUUAUCAAGUAAGGUGGCUGCCCUCCGUCUACAGGCAAGCCGAGGAGACCCAGGAAGAGUUUGCCCUGCGAGUUCAAGAGCUUCUAGCUCUGGAACUGGGCGUGGUGUCUACGUGCCUCACAGCCGCUGACAAAGCAGAGCACCUGAAGCGUCUCCGCCACCACCCUCCAGCUUCCCGUCCUCCCCCACAUCCAAGCCAGCCCUCUGGGAGUCGGCCUCAAGUCCCCCGCAACAUGGCCUCCACGGAGAAUGUACACUUGAUAAGCAUGGCCCGGCGCGUCCAGGAAGUUCUACCCCAGGUGCCCAUGGCAGCUAUCCGCAAGGAUCUAGCUCAGACGAACUGCGUGGACACCACAAUUGCCAAUCUUUUGGAGGGGCGGGUUCCCUUCGUACCAGAGGCGGAGACCGAAGGCUUCGUGGCUGCAGCUCCCUCUUUCUAUGGUGCUCAGGAUCCUUCCACCUCCCAAACGGCCCCGGCAUCGGGGAAGGUCUUUGCCAGAUCUCCAGAAGCCAGGCAGCUCUCCCUCCACGAACGGAAGCAGGCGCUCUGGGACUACGCCAGGAGGAGAUACAAAGAGAAAUAUGGCAUAGCCCACGCGGAGGAGAGCUGCUGACCGGCACGCAUCUUAGCUUGAACUUGUGGCUCAGUUGACAAUGAUCUUUAUGGGGAUCACUGCUAUCCUGGGGUGACCGAGGUGGCGGCUCUUGACAAGUAUUGUGUGUGCCAUCCAUGGACUGCCUCUGCCGGUGGGGAGGCUGCGGCUCCAGCCAAGCAAAGGCUGCCAGCGCUCCUGGGUCUCCCACCGCCACACCUGGACCCAGCAUGGUCAGGCCCAAGAGUCUGCCCCAGGUUUGGGGGGGGG